AUGACUGGUGACAAGUAUGAAUUUUUUCUUUUGGAACUAUUAAGAAAAAAUCAAAUUGAAGUUAAUUCUACUCGAACAGAAUUUACUAUUGAUGAUGUAUUUCGUCCGAUUGGUGAUGGAAAUAUUGAUUUAUUUGGAAAUUAUAAAAGUCUCAACUUUAUAAUUCAAGCCAAGUUUAAAGGAGAAAAAUAUCAUGUCGGUCCUGGUGAUAUUAGAGAAUUUGCUAGAACUAUGUCAAAACAACCAGAUGGAACUGUUGGUUUUUUUGUAACAAAUGUUAAAUAUUCUGAUAAUGCUAUCAAUACUGCAGAAAAUGCAAAAGUAAAAAUUGUUCUAUAUAAAGAUAAUGAUUUGGUUUCUAAGAUUAAAUUAGCUGAAUCUCAACUUGAAUUAUCAAAAUUAAAACAAAUUUCUUCAUAUAUAGAAGAAUUUAGUAUUGAUGAUUUGGAAUUUACUGCAUCAGAAUUAGAACCUGUAGUAUUCUUUGGUAUAAAGUUUACUAAUUCCACACGUAUUGGAAGUUUAAAAAUAAAAAAUGCAAAAAAUGUUUUUAAACCUUAUACUAAAUAA